GAAAAGGAAGUUUAACUGUUUCGUUGGCAGUAACUUUGGAGGAACAAAACCUUAAUGAUUUAAUCCUAAAACUUAACAGGUUGAUUAUUUCAUUGUGCCUUGCUGCAAUGUUAAAAAUUUUCUUGGUGGAGCAGGCUUGGGACUGGUAAUCUAUAAGAGUGUCUAACCAAUUGGUACCCAUUCUUACAGCAAACUUGUACCAGAUGUUGUGCAGGACAAAGAGGAAGACAUCUAUUAUGCUCGAGCCGUUCAGCUUUAUGUCCAAGGUAACUGGACUAAGUGCUGCUCGUUUAUUAAAUACGAUCUUUCUUGGAAGAACCUACUGUCUCUGCCGCAAAGUUUGUCUUCGUUUUGCAUCGGCGCAACCUAUGACACGCUUCCUUCUCCUACAAAUCUUGUCAAGUGGGGAAUCCAAAAUGACAAAAGUUGCACCCUAUGUAAAAAACCCUCUUGUAACGUCUCGCACUUUUUAGGCGCUUGUAAAUUAGCCCUUUCACAAGGUAGGUUUACGUACCGCCAAGAUACUGUUCUAAGUGUGCUAGUGACACCUAUUCAGAAGUUCGUAUCCAAUUAUGAGCCAGCAAAACCAUCUAGAUGUCAUAAAAUAUCCUUUGUUCCAGCUGGUAAACGUCUUCCCACCAAAAAGCGUUCAAAAAUUCAAGGAAUCCUUCACCUUGCCUCUGAUUGGAGAUUAUUGUCUGACUUAGAUUCAACCUUAAUAGUACCACCUUAUCUUGCUGUAACUUAACUCCGUCCGGACAUACUUUUAACUUCUGCCAUGACCCAAACUGUAAUUAUCCUUGAAUUAACUUGCCCAUGCAAAGAGAACAUUGAGACUUGGCAUGGAUUUAAGGCUGAUAAAUACUUGUCACUUUGUUCCGUCAUGAGAUUAAACAAUUGGUCUGCUUUUUCAUUUCAAAUACAUAGCCACUGAAAUAACACAUGGUUGCUUUUUCUUUCUCUAUAAAUGUAUUGUGUGUAGAGCAGGAUGGUACUAUAUCGUUUUCAAAAGUGGAUCCAUUUAAAUGGGCUAGUAUAGGGUUUCCUUUUUUAAAAGCAACAAGUUGACAUCCGUUAGUUGUAUGUAUUGUAUUGUGUAGAGAGGGUUGUUUGGUUCAAUUACCUUGAAUCUACAGGCUAUCCAAGCAAAAAGGGAGAUGUUGCACUGCGUUUUGAUCUUUGGAGGGUGUAACCUCUACAAUUUUUACUUAAGGGUCGUUACACCAGCUCCAUCAUCACAGCUUGCUGUCCGUGAAAAAAAUUAUCUGCAACAAUAACACACUAGUAAAACUUUUCAGCAUCACCAUUAUAUGAGAUUAUUGGUCCUUUUAUGAAACUGUAAGUGUGAUCAACUUUGUCAAGGUCACCAACUUUCUGGCAUAUUUCACAAGUAAAAGUAGCAGCAGAGUCAACAAAAGAUGCAUGCGAUUUUUUAAGAGAAUCCCUAGAGUCAAACUUCUGUUGUCCUUCUAAAAUAUCAUUAUCGGUCCCUGCGAAAAUUGCACCCAAGUCUUCCCCACUGAAUCAAUAUAGAAAGAGUUGCGGAGAGGUUGCCAAGGCAAAGGUAUUAAGCACGGCAAGGAAAGGGCAAAGGCAGGCAAGGAAACAGGAAGAGGAAUCAGGAAGGCAGGGGUGGGUAAGGCAUGGUAGGCACAGGCAUGGGAGGCACAGGCAAGGACAUAGUAGGCAGGCACCAGAAAAGGCAUAGGAAGGGUAGGCAAAGAAAGGCACGGUCAGUGCUGGCAAGGAAAUGGAACGGCAAGGCAGGGGUGCAUGACUUUAAUAGAAAAUAUCCACCUUACAACUCAAAGAUUGUGUAUACUCAAUAUAUCUAAGAUAAGUAUCAUAUUAGUCCAGGAGUAUAGAAAGUAUUUAGGUGCAAAUAUUUCAAAUUCAAUAUCUCAAAAAAAGUCUCAAAUUUAUCUCAGGUCAAUAUACAGUGAAUCAUGUUAGCAGAAUUAUGUGCCAUUACAAGUAUUUAAACAAUCGGUCAUAACGCCAUAUGAUUUUUUGAUAAAUCUGAGAUUAACUUGAUUCCAAUGACAACAACAUUAAAAAGUCAAGAUAUGGAAAUAAUCAUAGAAGUCCACGAGAAAGGCAAAAAAAAUUUAAAAAACGCCUUUUUUAGUUUCUUGUGCCUACCAGGUAUGUCAACACAAAACUUUUUACCAUAAUGUGAUAGAUCUAUUACAAAAAACAAAGCACUUUUAUGCUCUAUAAAUGAAAGUGAUAAAUGUAUGCAACUCCCCCCCUCUACAACUCAAAGAUUACCUAUUAUAUGAAAGCCUGGUUGUUGUAGGUGCAAGAUAAUUAUGUUUUUCCUAGCCCUGUCCAGGAUUCGAACCUGGAUUUCUCAUUUGCAUGAGUGUCAUAGCCAUUAGACCAGCAGGGCAUAUAUAUAUAUAUAUACAAAACUUUACAGGUGAACAUUAUAUACACUUAGGAAUUUACAGCACACAGCCUAGUUAAUUAACCUUUUGAGAAAUGCUGGUUAAGCCACAAGUAACUGUGUUACCUGGCGUAAAACGCUUGGUGGAACAGUUAAUACAAAUUGAAAACUGUACCACACAUUCAGGUGGAGCGCCUUAGUACAGAUGUGCAGUAUAUCGUAAAUCGAGUGAAACACACAACAUUUAAGGUGUUUCGGGUGUAAUUAUAUUUAUCCUUUAGCUUGAAUAAAAACACAAUUUACAUAUUGUGCCAUGUCAUAGCGAAAACAGUCAGCAAACCUUUUUUAUUUUUCACAAAAUGUUCCCGGUAAAACUUAAAAUAUAUGUACUUUAAUCUGUGGUGCGCCAUUAGUAUAGGUAAAAAAACCCUUUCAAAAAAACUUUAGCACAACUUCUGUUAAAUAGAAACACAGGUAAUAGCUUGUCGUUAACACUAGGCUGAGUGAUUAGUACAGAUAUACUGUGGCGCACAUAUACGUUUCGACAUAAUAUCCCUUUCCGAAAAAUAUCCUAACUUUGGUUCAAAUAAACAGACAGUAAACACCCUGUUGUUAUCCUACACAGCUAAAACAGUCAUUCAGCAAUUUUAUUUUGCGGAAAAGUUUUUGUAACAUUUAAAAAUAAAAACACAGUUUAAAGGGGAACUCCAGUAAAAAUCACUUUUUUCUUUUUUGUUUUAUACGUACUCAGAAAAGCAUAAGAAAUCAAAAAAAACUUACUUCACUUGUUUUCCUUAUUUAAAAUCGUUGUACUAGCCUUCGCAUAUUCAAUUUUUUUCUUAUAAAAAAACAGACAGGCGCGAUUUCAUUUAGGACUGGACCCGAUUAUAAACAAUGACAUCACAUCGUGCAGAAAGUUUAAGCGAGCGCAGAGAACGUUCAUGUUAAGACCUCUGGCUUACAUUUAAAUCGCUUUUUGUAUGUAAAUUACGUUUAAAUCUUUAAAAAAUGGUUAGUUGCUCUGCGUUUGGAUGUACCAAUCGAUCAGAAAAGUGUAAAGAAGUCAGUUUUCACAGAAUCCCGUCUGUGAAAAAGAAAGAACUCAGACAAAAAUGGCUAAACAAAAUACGUCGUACAGGUGAUCUACCAAGCGAUCGAAGUUUUUAUAUUUGUUCGUCGCACUUCACAGAUAGUUCUUUUAAAAGGGAUCUCCAGGUAAUAAUCUUCCAUAUUAAAAUAUUGCCACUUCGUAAAAAUGCCAUUUUAGCUAGUCAACGCGAUCAAAGUUUCUCAUUUCUUCUUCAUUUCAUUAUUUGUACUUAUAUCCACAACACAACCAAAUAACGUUUUCUACAUAUUUAUAUUAUAAAAGAACAUUAUACCAAUUUCCAAUACAAAGUUAUCUAGUUAGACAUGUAUCUUUCGUAGCGCUCGUAAGUUUCUAUUCUUUGUUUUUCAAAAAAGAAGCUUUUUGAUGGAAGGACCUGCCGAAUAUUUUCAGGGGGUAAAUGUGCCCAUUUUAUUAGCAUCAUUUCAUCGGCGCUACUUCUAAUCUUUGUUUAUUUAGGCUGAACUUACUGGUAUCAAAAGAAAGAGACAGCUGACCGAGGAUGCUGUUCCAACAAUUUUUUCUUUUAGUAAGCCUGAAAAUUCAAGAGAAUCGACAUCAAAAAGAUUGGAAACUUUCGCUAAAAAACAAUGUGUUGCAAAGGCUUUAAGUGUGGAGGAUGAUGUUGACCUUGAAGUAUACGCUGAACAAGAAAUAAUUUCAUUGGUUAAGGAACAAGGCGUUAGUGCAAUUGUGGAAACGGUAGAGAAAUCGGUUGGUGCCAAUACUUUUACCAGGUCCGUUAGAACACAAUGUGAUCCCUUAGAGGCAAUUCAUCCUGAGAUACAACCAACGAAGGAUGUUUUAAAAGUGAAAUUUACUCUUCCGCACGGACGAUGUAAGUCUACUAACACCGACCUAUCCUUUCCUCCGCAAGCUGACGUGACAUUCUUGCUGAAUGCAAAUAUGGAAAGUGAUCAUGAUAUCGUCUCUGGUGAUGAGUGCCCUUCUGAUGAUUCUUUAUACUCACCGCAAUUACAAAUUCACAUCGACGACAGUUAUGAUGAAAAUAUCUGCGAAGAAGAGUCUUUUGACACUGCUGAAUGUAACCCAGGGCUCAAAAGCGACGCACAAUUUCUUGUUUUCUGGUCUUGUCUGUUGACAUUAUUUCAAGUUUGUUUCACGUGUUUACAAAAAACGUGCAUUACUCGUGUGGUAAAACGUGGAACUCUUAUCAUUGUUACUAGUAUUUGUCCAAAUAAACAUGUUUUCAGCUGGCAGUCUCAACCUAUCGUAAAUGGAAGAGCAGCAGGGAACUUAUUACUUUCUGCAGCCAUAUUGUAUUCCGGAAACACAUACGCCCGCAUUGCCGAAAUGAUGAGUAUUUUGAGGCUUCAGUUUAUCUCUAAGUCCACCUUCUAUGAUAUUCAAAGGUCCGUUCUUUUUCCAAAAUUAAACACUUUUUAUAAAAAAUAUCGAAAUAACAUUUAUUCUGAGUGCGCUGCGAAAGAAGGGAAUUUGAUUGGUGAUGGGCGAAGUGACUCUCCAGGUUACAGUGCAAAGUAUGGUACGUACACUCUAAUGAGCGUAGACAUCAAUAAAAUCAUCGACUUUCAAGUUGUUCAUGUUAGAACUGCAGGGAAUUCUAGUCGAAUGGAGAAGUGGGGAUUAGUAACGCUACUAAAUAAGCUGCGUGACCACAAAGUGACAGUUUCAGCAUUAACAACAGAUCGCCAUGUUCAAAUCCGCGCAUUCAUGAAGAAAGAACAUCCUGAGAUAAACCACCAGUUCGACGUUUGGCACUUUGGAAAAAGCUUGAAAAAAAGCUUGACUGCUGCUGCGAAGCGCAAAGAAUGUCUUGAGCUGAUACCUUGGAUCAAAUCCAUUAUAAAUCAUUUAUGGUGGUGCUGCGCUUCAUGCGACAAAAAUGAAAACGUUUUACGUGAAAGGUGGCUUAGCAUUCUUUAUCAUAUUCGUGGAAUCCACUCUUGGCAAGGCAAUGAAUAUUUCCAUGAAUGUGCGCACCCCACAUUAGACCAGCAACGCAAAUGGUUAAAGUUGAAUUCACCUGCAUAUGAAGCAGUGGAGACUAUUGUGCAAAAUAAAAAAACUCUUGCCGACAUGAACUAUUUGGCGCACUUUUGCCAUACGGGAAGCCUAGAGGUAUUCCAUUCUUUGCUUACCAAAUAUUGCUCGAAACGUAUUCAUUUCAGCAUGGAAGGUAUGGUCGCGCGCACGCAGCUGGCUGUCCUUGAUUUUAACUCGGGGACUAAUUGUGAACAGGCUGUUACCAAAAAAGGAGUACUCCGCUAUAAACAAGUCUUUUCACGAGUAACACAAUCCUGGGUCGUAAAAAAAAUUACCGAGAAGAAAGAAAAGGCGUAUUUAGCGGAAUUAAUGACGGCUAAUUUGGAACCAAUCGACAACGAAAAAGAUAAGUUACCACAAACAGGAGAAAUUGCUGAAAGAAUAACAGAGGUUGAAAAACCCGACAAAAGCGAUGCCAUUAAAGCCACCAGGACAAGAUUUAAAACGUGACUUUUUUAUUUUUUUAUUUUUAUUCAACUUUCUUUGAAUAAAACAUAUUUUUCAUCUUCUGCCGGAUAUUUUCUUCGAAUUGCCCAUACUACACAAGAAGGAAUCACUCUUCUCACCCCUUUUCCCAAUCGACUGUGUAUCCACCAAGUGAACUGUUUAUAACCAGCGUAACGAUAAGAUCUAUAUAGAAAAAUAAGGGAGGCAUUAUUGUCAGUUUUUUACCUUCUUUUUCUCGGACAAAAGAAGGGCUUGGAAACGAGGUUGAGCUACUUACUCAUUUUUUAAUUCUAAAGUGUCUCCUCUCAAAUCAUGCAAUGCAGAUAACGCAGUUUCUAAAACAGCUUUUGUCAAAACAACCACUUGAAAAUCAGCAGCUUCUGUAACGCAUUUAUGACCUAUGAUAAGAGUGAUUUUCAAUUAUACAAUAUUUAUACCCCCGUUUUACUAACUUAUCAUUUCCACACGAACCUUAUUCGAUCUUUCGAUCACGCAUUUCAAUGUUCUCCAUCACGGAGAAAAUGUAACAUUACAUAAGAUUUCUUUGCAUUUGUGUGCAAAAAAAAGCGCAUGCGGAGGAAUUAGAUUGUUGAACCGUGAAAUAAAAAUAAAUUGGCUUGUGAAGUAAAAAAAAAGUGAUGAAAGAUUAUUUUAUUGAAGCAAAAGAUAAAGUUUUUGACGAAAAGAAUGUAAAAGAAAAGCGAUGAAAUAUAUUUUUUAUUUGUUUAAAAAGGAAAAUUUCGCUUAGAAAAAAAUUAUAUUUGCAGUAUAUAUCCUACCUACCUUGGAAAAACUCAUCAGGAAUUUCGUUUGACUCGACACAGCACACGCUUUCAGUAUCGGUUUCCAUUGCUCUACAAUUUCCACAUUCACACCAAUUUGCAUUACCCGUACGUGGCUCUGCAUCAGUAAAAGAAACCUCGUCAUUUUCUACACCGUUACUAACUUCUUCCUCGUCAGACACAAGAGGUUCAAAUUC